CGUAAUCGGCGGAAGAGACGGAAGAUUCUGAAUGGUAUGAUGCUCGCGUUUGUCAUAUUAAACAUACAGACCACAUAAAACAUCAGAGUGUAGGAUCUUGAAGACCAUCAAUAACAGAACCAAAAUUCAGUGGCUUUUCAGAAAUUGAGUAGAUGUCCGAGGACGUCUAUGAGAAGUUCCUUGCUCCAGAGGAGCCGUUUCCACUGCUUUCACAGCGAGGAAACUUCAGUGAAGAUGCCACACUGGACGUCAGUGACUUUGGUUGUCAGUUGUCAUCGUGUCACAGAACAGACCCUUUACAUCGUUUUCACAGCAGCAGGUGGAACUUGACAUCGUGUGGCACCAGUGUGGCGAGUUCAGAGUGCAGCGAGGAGCUCUUCUCCUCUGUGUCUGUAGGAGAUCAGGACGACUGCUACUCCCUCCUGGAAGAUCAGGAGCUCACCUCCUUUGACCUGUUUCCAGAGGGCAGCGUCUGCAGCGACGUCUCCUCCUCCAUCAGCACAUACUGGGAUUGGUCAGACAGUGAAUUUGAGUGGCAGUUACCAGGCAGUGACAUAGCCAGUGGCAGUGAUGUGUUGUCUGACAUCAUACCGAGUGUACCCAGUUCUCCCGGCCUUGUUUCCAAAAGAAAAAACAAACUGCACCGGAAUCUGGAUGAGCUACCCUGGAGUGCCAUGACUAAUGAUGAACAGGUAGAAUAUAUUGAGUAUUUGAGUCGAAAAGUCAGCACAGAGAUGGGUCUUCGGGAGCAGCUUGAUAUUAUAAAGAUAAUUGAUCCGAGUGCACAGAUAUUGCCAACAGACUGUGAGUUCAUCAUUGAACUGAACUGCCUCACAGAUGAAAAACUCAAACAGGUAAGGAGCUACAUCCGUGAGCACAGUCCACGGCAGCGGGCGACCAUGGCACGUGAUGGUCGGAAGUGGAGUGUGGCGAGCAGCGGCAGCACUAGCGGUGUGAGUGCUCACAGCAGCAGUAACACCAGCAUGGUGAGCAGCUCUAGCAGCAGCACUGGAUCUACCGUAUCAAACUCCUCCACCAAUAUCAGCCGUGCACACAGCGAUGGAAACCUAGCCACUGCUGCAGAGCGCAUACGAGACUCUAAGAAACGCUCCAAGCAGAGGAAGAUGCAGCAAAAGGUGUUACGUAAGCGACAGCUAAAAGAGCAGAGACAAGCGCGUAAGGAGAGAUUGAGCGGGCUCUUCCUCAAUGAAGAGGUGAUGUCGCUCAAAGUCACAGAGGAGGAAAACCACUGCGAUGAUGUUGAUGUUUUGAUGUGACAAGAGUGAAUGAUUCAGUGUUCCUUCUAAGCCUCUUCCAUACAGCAUCAGUCACACAUCUCUCUGCCAUCAGCAGCUUUACAUUACGAACACAUCUUUAGAUAGAUUGACCAAGCUAAGUCUCUCCACAGCCAUAUCAACUGUCUGACAAAAGAUAUCAGGCCAAAAUGCAGUCUGACCCAAAUGUAAUUUUUUUUGUUCAUUUUAUUGAUAAAGUAGGAUUGACUUGUAAGUAUGGAUGCUCCAAUCGGUCGGCCACAUCAGUAUGGGACUCUGGGUAAUACAGCCCAAAUGUUGUAAGACAACAAUCUUAAUUCAACAGUUACAAUUGAUGCCGUGUGAGAGGUGUGGCAGAUAUAAAAACUGGUGCACAGCAUACGUUGUUAGCGGCAGCAGCUUCGCCGUUUCUGCUUGUGGUAGGCAGAUCACCAUAUGGGUUAAUAAUGACAUGGGUUUCAAUCUUUUUCAAAUAAAUCCAGAGUAAAAGGCAUUAACAUGCAAACAUGCAAUCUUUCUCCAUUUUCCUUUCAUCUCUUGCAUCACGAGAGAGCCUGUUUUCUCCUCAUUAAGCUCCAGAAGGAAUAGGUGAAAGAGGAACAAUUAUUCCAACAUCCAACAAAAUGAAAGAGCAGGGAGCAUAUUUUAAAUACAAUAUUAAGAUACUCUAAAAUUAUAAUGCUAUAUAUUAGGAUAGGCUACCUGUCCUAAUAUAGAGAAUAUUUUGUGUAAACCUAUUUUUUUAAGGCUUAUUUAAAUAAUAAAAAAAAAACAGUAUAAAAAUAUUUGUGUAUUAUUUCAAUAUCAAAUAACUAAAUUACAGUAAUUUUUCUCAGCAAAAACUAGGCAACAACAAUGGUAUUACCAACAGGGAAAUUUAGCUAACAGUGAUGGAGAGGAGAAAACUCACAUAUAACCAAUUAUGGCAGCGCUCCAUGUUAUCGAUUUCAGAUGACAAGUAAUUUGUAAUCAGUAUCAACUAUUAAAAUCCUGAUCGGAGCAUCCCUACUUGUAAGCAGAGAUUGUGCUACAUACAAUCUUUACAAAAGCAACAUAGGCUGGAAGUAAAAGGGAUAGUUCUUGUCGUUCCAAACACAUAUGUCUUCCUGAAACAUAAGAAUGUGUUUGGCUGAACGUUAGCCUCAGUCACCAUUCACUUUUAUUGUAUGGAAAAAGAUGCAAUGAAAGUGAAUGGUGACUGAGGCUGUAAAUCCCUAACAUUCUGCCUAACAUCUCCUUUUGUGUUCCACUGGAGAAAGUCACACGGGUUAGGAACAACAUGAGGGUGAGUAAAUGAAAUAAUGUAUUUUUGGAUUAACUUUCCAUUUAAUAAAGAUUUAAAGAACUAAAGUGCAACUGACAAGUUCUGUGAAACUUUUGAUAAAACAUUUGAUAAGUUUCCAAAAGCUUAAAUAAUUGCAUUUAUAACGAACUUUUCCAUUUAAGUUUCCAUGUCAUUGUUUAGUAAAAUAUUGAAAUGUUUGAUAUUAAUGUGUUUGAAAUGUGACAUUAUCAUCACAAAUGCUGUGCUGUGGUAUUUUCAAUCAAAUAAAAAGUUCAACAAACAAAUAUACAAAUUGAGCAACAGUCAUACUGCAGCUAAAACAGAAUUGAGUCUGCACUGGCUACUAUCAAUAACAUAGAAAGACUGGCAUUGUUAUAUUGACUUGGUACCCAUGUACGGGUACAUUUUACAUCCGUACUUGUUAAUAGUACACCAGCUAGCCAAACAACUGUUUGGUUAAACCAGCAUGUCCCAAAGGUCUUUGCGUUUGAGAUUCUCACUGUAGCAAAAUUCUAAUUUUAAAAACUAAUAAAUAUAGACAGUGUCUUAAUGAAUAUAAAUGAGAUUUGCAUUAAAAAUUCUUCAAUGUGAUAUUUGAAUUAUACUAUAUAAUUCAAAGGAACACAAGCACUGACAAUUUAUUGUAAUCGUUUCGAGCACCAUUACUCUGUUGGUGUGUCUUACUAUAUUAUUUUAAAUCCACUAUUAAGUUGAAAUCUUGAUUUAAAUAGUAUUUAAAAGCAUUAAAAGGACAACAAAAAAAAAGUACAUUUGAAAAGGUUUGUCAUCCUAUACAUUCACCCGAUCAUUUGUUCAUAAAUAGUACAAUUCUAUUGUAGAAUUCUUGCUUCUAAAAGUAUAAAUGUAUGUUUAACUCAGGCAUAGAAGGAACACUGACAACUGAAGUCAUUAUCUCCAUUAUAUAUAUACUUUUAGUUGAUUUUGAAAGGUCAUACAAAUUAUGUUUUGAAACUGACGUUUAGGUGAAUAACAAAUGGUACAAAACUACAAACAAGUGGAGUUUUGACUUGAAAAUAUUACAUAUGCUCUCUUCAGCUGGUGUUUAUAGCAAUAAACAUCAAGGUUUGUUGCUUGCAUUUGUCAGUGUGCUAAGUUGGAGGAAUGUUAUACUUUGCUUAAAUUGCUUAUUUUAAUAAAUUUCUGCAUACUAAACUGGAAGAGACUACUUGUUAAUGACACUGAAUGAUACAUAGAUUACAGUUGUCAUUUUACAUCUUAUGUGUUUUGGUUAAGAUUUGUUUGCUAAUACCGCUACACUUUCAUUUUUUGUAAACCUUGCAUUAUAAAUAAACUAUACAUAUAAUGCAAGUUUUAUAUAUAUAUAAACUCUGUAUACAGAAAUGUUUAUGCGUCACAUUUUAUCAUUUAAAAUAUUUGAUUUUACCAAAUGUGAUUUUUGUUUCCUUUGAUCUCCUAAAAAAGAAUUUUAAGGCGAUUUUGAGUGUUCUGGAGCUUUCACGUGACUGAGCCGUUGAAUUAGCCACGCCCUUCUCAUUCCAAAACCCUGCCUUACAAAGAUCAUUUUGAGACCGUGCAAAAGAGGAGCAUUGUUUGUUCCUGUGGCUGUCAAAUUCAACAGUGGCAAUAAUAGCGCCAUCAACUGACAUACAUCUUAAUGUAUGCAAAUGUAAAUACAAUCAUAGCCUCAAUGAUCUGCUUCAAAUGAGAACAAACAAAAUGAUUGACAGGUGAAAAGCGUCAAUGUCUGCGGACUCAUUUUGUUUGUUACAAAAUGUACAGCUGUCACAGAGACCGGUGAGAUAUCUUAGGACACUUAUUUCAUUAAUAUCUUUAAGGGAGUAUUUUUUGCAUACUUUUCCAUAACAAAAUUGCUUACAACACAUUUAAAGGACUAUUCCGGGUUAAAAACAAAAACUCAAUCGACAGCAUUUCUGACAACAUUGAUUACUACAUCAAUUUAUUUUGACUUGUCCCUCCCUUUCUUUAAAUAAACAUUGAAAUCUGAAUAGGAGGGCCAGACAGUUUCAAAAGUAUUGCCACAAGACAUAAAGGAUAUGCAUGUAAAAAUGUUAGUGUGAUAAAUUUGUGUAACCUUUUCUGUGUAAAGUUAUAGCCAAUUUUACACCUUUUCCAUGACGAUGUAAUGUAAACAAAUGCUAAAACGACUGUAAAAAUUAUAUUUUAAAUAACUUUACAGCUUGAAUAAUACAUACGUUUUAAAAGAAGAAUUAAUGUAAGUGCUUUUAUAAAAUGAUAAGCCUCACAUUUCUGUUUAAACCCUCCAAAAAUUGGCCACAUUCACUUUCAAUGUCCCCACUGACUUCCAUUGAACAGCCUCACUGAAACCUCGAUUUUUGCUUCUUUUUUUAAGAAAAGGAGGGACAAAUCGAAAUAUUUUUUUUUUGUUAUCAGCAUUAUGCCACAAAUGCUGUCGAUUGAGCUUAUCUGGCAUUGAACCCAGAGCUUGCCUUUAAAGUAAGAUAAAAUGUAUUUAGCAAAUUGUUUAGAGAGGACCAUUGUUUAUUUGUUAGGCCAAGACAAUUACAUAAAUACUUUGAACCAGAGAUGUCGUAAAUUUAUAAGUCAUACUAUUAUGGUUUAACUGCUCUCCUGUCUGAAGUUUUUAUUUUUAAUUUAAUAAAAUCAUUGU